GCUAGGUCCGCCCCUGAUUCCAAAAUCCUCUCCUCUCCAUUCCCACUCCCUGAGAGCUCAUGAUGCCCCUUCCCAUGCUCUGCUCCCUCUCUGCCCCCUUUCCUUAUCAGUACUGAGGCAUUUUCUGUGACUCCUAUAACCACUGACCCCCCUCCUCCCUCCCCCUCUGUAGUCUCUUUCCUUGUGUCCAAAGCUCACUCUCUCCUUGUGAGGAGUGUGGCUGAGAGCUAGCAUUCCCUCUCUCCAUCCCAGCUCUGCCUGCCCUGGAAUUUACCCCUGGAUACUCUGCCCCUGGCUGCUUGGAUACUUGGCACUGAGUUUGCAGCAGCUCCCCAGCCUGCACCCAGCCUGCACCCCAGCCUGGGCACUUGGAUACUGGUUUCUCUGUACAUGGAUUGGAAGCUGCAUGUUCUGGAUGUUACCCUGGGAAUAUCUGGCUGCUGAUCUGAUUUUUAGGGAGAGUGGCACUUAAUCAUCUUCUAUUUUAUUGGGAACUACCUGAGCCCAGCACGAUGUUUUUUGCUACCUUGUACUUCGUGUUACCUUUGAUGGAUUCCUUCCUCUCUGCUGAGGUAAGGAGGGUGCCAUCUGCAGAGCGCCCGGACUGCGUCAGGGCCAACGAGCAAUGCCUGAAGGAGCAGGAAUGCAGCGCCAAGUUCAGGACUCUCAGGCAGUGUGUGGCGGGCAAGGAGAGCAACUUCAGCAAGGUGACUGGACUGGAGGCCAAAGACGAAUGCAAAAACGCCACCGAGGCGCUCAAGCAGAAACCCCUGUACAACUGCCGCUGCAAAAGGGGGAUGAAAAAAGAGAAAAACUGCCUGCGAAUUUACUGGAGCAUGUACCAGAGCCUGCAAGGCAAUGAACUGUUAGAAGAUUCACCGUACGAACCUGUAAAUAACCGGCUGUCUGAUAUCUUCAAACCAGAUUCCGGCCUUGCAGAAACCAUGAUUUCAAAGGGGAAUGAUUGCUUAGAUGCAGCGAAAGCCUGUAACCUGGACGAUACGUGUAAGAAGUACCGCUCGGCGUACAUCACACCCUGUACCAACAGCAUGUCCAAUGAGGUCUGCAACCGCAGGAAAUGCCAUAAAGCUCUUAGGCAAUUCUUCGACAAGGUCCCGGCAAAGCACAGCUACGGCAUGCUGUUCUGUUCCUGCAAGGACUUCGCGUGCACAGAACGAAGAAGGCAGACCAUCGUCCCUGCCUGCUCCUAUGAGGAGAGAGAGAAACCAAACUGUUUAAACUUGCAGGAAUCCUGCAAAACCAACUACAUAUGCAGAUCUCGCCUCGCUCACUUCCUAACCGAUUGUCAGCCUGAUCUGCGUUCGGCCAGCGGUUGCUUGAAAGAGAAUUACGCUGAAUGUUUACUGGCCUAUUCAGGUCUCAUUGGCACAGGGAUCACCCCUAAUUACCUGGAGUCCAGCAGCCUGAGUGUGUCGCCCUGGUGUGACUGCAGCAACAGCGGAAACUACAUUGACGAUUGCUUGAAAUUCGUUAACUUCUUCAAGGAUAAUAUCUGCCUUAAAAACUCGAUACAGGCUUUCGGCAAUGGAACGGAUAUAAAGCAUCAGUCAGAACCCGCACUGCACACCACCACAUCAACAACCUCAAUCCUUUCCAAAACCAAGCCAAAGGACUCCGGAUUCAGUGAUACACUCCAUAUAACCAAUGAAAUCCCCACCCACAACGGACUACCAGCCUGUGCCAACCUACAGGCACAUAAACUAAAUUUGAAUGAUUCUGCGGGCUCCCCAAUAUGCGUUGCUGAGCAUUCUCUGGGGAAAGACAACAUGGUGGGAAGAUCGUCCAGUAAUCACAUAUCCACGGAUAACUCUUCUGGAUAUCACUCCAGACUCUGCGCAACGCUUUCCAUAAUGGUGGCCGCACAUUCCAUGCUGCAAGCAUUGCGUGCUGUUCUGACAUUAUAAACUACUUACGUCCGUGGACCUGUACAAAAAAGUAUAUAUAUAUAUAAGAUUGAUAUUAGUCACUUUCCUACCUUCUCUUGUCCAUCUGAAAUGUUGCCAUUCCAGAAACGACCAAACUGUUCUGGAACCCAACGGAUGCUUUUGUGGUAUUAGGGGCGCUGUGUAUAUUAUCGCUGCAGUGCUACAUUAAGAAUCCAAGGCUUCUGGGCAUGAAGUAUUAGAAAGCGGAGAUGAUAUGUACAUUUGUUUAUUGACAAACUGGUUAUAAUUUUGGUCCGUGUCAUUACAGAAAAGGGAACCUCUCCACUUCCUAUUUAUAGCAGUUUUUUUUUUAAUUAUUAUUAUUAAUAUGUUUAUUUUCAACCUCAAAUUAAACUCAACCUUCAAGUUCCCUUCAAUGGGACCUAUCGUAGAUAUGUUGUUAAAAGCAUCAUGUUCGUUCCCUUCUGAGCAGUGGUUGGUUGUGUUUUCUAGAUCUUUUUUCUUCUGUUCAGUGUUUUAUUUUGUCUCUGAUAUUGCUCUGUGUUCUGCAGUCAACUCUUAUAUCCAUCAGAAACUCUCUUUUCUAUGAGCUCUAGUAAGCGAAAAAUAAAUGGCAAAUUCUUGGAGAUGUCGCCUCGCUAAAGGAAGACGCACAUUUCUAAAGUGUCACAAUGUGGCAAAACAUAAGUUUGUUUAAUAUGCUGAAGAAAUGUAUAUAGUGAAUCACAGAUGGAAAGCGAAGAUGUGACCAGACCAUUGGCUUUUGAAGUCAAGUAAAGAAAUGGAUUGGAUCUUCUGCAGCACAAGUUCUAAUAAACGUUGCAGCUGUUGGAAGAUGUCCGGGUGUUCCUCAGCUGGGGAACCUCUUUAGAAGAACAGAUACAUUAUCACAAUGGCUACAGUGAAACCCGUCAAGUGUUUGAGGAACUAGAGAGGGAGAGACAGAACUGGAUGGGAUGGCCACGGCCCCAUGUCCUGCGGCUCCACACACAAUAUCUAUGGUUUGCUCUCUGCAGUGACUUGUUGCGAAUGUUACAUUUUAUUUGCAAAAUUAAGACAAAAAAAAGAAAAAUCUCCUACACAAUGUUUUAAUUUGCAAAGAUGCUGUAAUUACUUGAUACAUAAAAUCCAUUGCUAUCUGUA